GCACCAUGCUCUUCUAUUAUUUUUUCAAGUCCCUUGUGGGCAAGCAUGUGGUCGUGGAACUCAAGAAUGACCUGAGCAUCUGUGGAACCCUCCAUUCUGUGGAUCGGUAUCUCAACAUCAAACUAACUAAUAUCAGUGUCAUAGACCCUGAGAAAUAUCCUCACAUGUUAUCAGUGAAGAACUGCUUCAUUCAGGGCUCAGUGGUCCGAUACAUGCAGUUGCCAGCAGACGAGGUCCACAAACAGUUGCUACAGGGUGCAGCAAGGAAGGAACCCUUGCAGCAGAAACAGUGA